AUGCGCUUCUCCAUCCUCAAGCUUGCUGUUGCCGCACUGGCCGUCGGCACCGAUUUCGUCCAGAGUGCAAUUACUCCGGCCGAAAUGGAGACCAACAUCAAAAUGUUGACCCAAAAGUCGCAAGCCCUGCAAGCACCUGCUCAGUCUAUCUCACUUAUCAACGGGCCACUGAUUGUCGUCGGACUGGGACCAUUCCCGCAAAUCAUCGCCGGCUUCAGCGACAUCAUCGCCACUGUGACAGUGGCUUUAGCACAGAUGCAGGGCUCAGCACCAGUUCCCGCUGGAGCCGCUAGUACCGCCAUAUUUAAUGCUUUCCGCGAAUUCGUUCGAGUCCACCAGGUGCUCCUCAACAUCCUUAUUGGCAAGGCCGGUUUAUUCAAUACGGUCCCUAUCAUUGGAGCACCUGUCGCAGGGAUUUUGCGACAGCUUGAGGCCAUCGUCGAUACUGUUGCCUUGAGCAUUAUCGCUCUUGUGGAGAGCAGAGCCAACGACCUCCGGGAUGAAGCUUCAAAGCUCUCUGGAACUAUCACCAUCGCUAUCAACUCAUACAAUGGUCUCACCAUUGGCUAA